CCUCCAGAACGGUGUUGGCCAAGGCGGAUAAGAUCUGAAAGUCUCACUAACAGCAAAAUUGUCUCCGAGUCCUAUCUCGAAAAGAAAUUAUACCUGGCUUUAUUGGACUUUGAGACAAGUCGAGGGGUUACCCACUUACCCAAAUGCUAGACCUUCCCAUGAAUUUUGACCAUCCCCAGCACAUGACGGCCGUUGCUACUUUGGAGCUCCCCAGCACGUACGAUACCGCUGAAAGGGAAUGAUAUUGGCCAAAGCAAAGAGCAAUAUCUCCCCCUCGACUUUGGAGAGUUGCUGCCAGAAAGUCGACAGGGGGGAUUUAUGAAGCGAUUUGCCUGGGUCCAGGUUGCCGUGCAGGCACUAGCAAUUGAUGGCAAAGGCGGUCAUGAUGGGCCCAGAAGAGGGAAGAAGAGAAAUGAUGUGUAUAUCAAGGAGAUCGAGGUGCCCAUACCUACACCAAUAUGGGCCGAAAAUGCCAGAACCAAAAGUUUGGCGGACCUCGAAAAUACAGCGGCGGUCGAGGUCUUAUGGAAUGAUUCAGCUCCAUCACGAGAACCUCCCAUGAUACCUCGCAUGGUCACAAGUCAUGAGCUGGAGGAAAACCCCACAAUCCGCUGUGUGACCAACCCACUCGCCAAGAGGCGACGAUCCAUCAUGCGCCCCAAGGAGAACGAAGAGAAAAAUUCAAUCGGAGAAGAAUACAACCCAGCCGUUGUCCAAUAUGUAUCCGAUGGCUAUUCCCAAGAUCCACGUUCAUUAAAACGACGAGACGAAAGCACAUCAACCGUUUUUCAAAAUUCCCCUCUCGCUCCAGUCACCAUAAUAGUCACCACACCAGAAGAAGACGAAAUCCACUCACCCGAACCUGAGCCCCAGAACUCAUUCAACUCCAUCCGCGCCUCUCGAACCGGCAAUCCUAACGCAUCCACAACCUCAUUACCAACAACGCGUCUCUCCCGAUGCUUCUCAACAGACAGCCUACCCUUACCACAUCCCAGACGCCUAGAUCCAAACCGCCUCAUGCCACCCACAGAACACCAAAUCGACACCCGACGCCUCCGGAAAGCGCAAGAGUUCCGCGAGAUCCGGAAAUUUCUCGUCCACUUCAUGAACGCGAAAGGCGACCAAUUUCCCAAGAAGCUGCGCAGCAGGAUGAUGGAAGCGUACGCCAUCACUGAUUCCGACCUCUCUCCUGAAGUCGUAGCUCGCUUCUACAACCAAGGGAUUGGGGAUAUCAAAGAUGAAGGCGUUGCUCUCGAACAGCUUGGGAUUAAUGAGCUGGAUAAAGACACGUCUGAUGCUGAGGACCUGAGGAUUUUGAGCAUGGCAUUUCAAAGCCAGAUUCCAGUCGUCACCCCAUCGCGAGAAACGGCAUUAGUUGACACAAUCCCUCCAAACGCCAGCGUUAGCACGAUUCGACCUUGGGGAACGAGUGUCAGUAAACCAGCUCCGCCUCUUCCAUGGUCAAAUAAAGCCACAGUCCCAACCACUCCAGCCAGAUCUCCAAGACCCUCGCCACCUAGGAGAAUGGAGACAGCACCCCCACCUCCCAAAGCAGAGAAGAGAAUGUCGGCCGCACCACUCAGAGCAGAGAAAAGGGAAAAGAAGACAGAAGACGAACCCCUAAACUGGCUCGGCCCUCUAAUCUCCACCUCUUCCGAUUCGAAUUGGAGUCUCCCUCUCGUAGACGACUCCAAUUCUCGCUCUCGCCUCCAAAAAACGCAAUCCCAGCCCAACAUGUCUCGGCGACCAACCGGCGAUUCUCCUCCUCCUAUGCCAGCGCUCCCCAAUUCAGUCCUCGCGGCAAAAGGUAGAGGAAGGGGAAGAGGAGAGUCUUUAACUGGACGGGGAGAAAUGGGGGUGGAUGGGAUGGAGAAAGCGAUCCAUGUUGCGCGGGUCAGGAGGUCGGGUAUUAUAUCUGGGGCGUUUGGGGCUGUGAGGGAGGCGAUGGGGGGAAAGAAGGCCGGUUCAGGGGGCGAGAAGAUGAGGCUGAUGAGGGAGGGUCGAUGACGAAGCCUUCCCCCAAUCUCUCAUUAAUCAUCUCAGCCCGCUUUCUCGGUGCUCCUCCGCCACCAACUCAAUCUUUUGCCUCGAACUGAAGACAGCCUUCAUCGACAAUAACGAAAAUACAACUAACCUAAUUUAAUCAUAAUCCGAAUUCUUUUACGACAAAAAUUAUUGGGGGGCAACCUUUAGAGGAAGGGGAACGCCUUUGAGCGAUUUGAUCGAUGGGAGAUUAAGGUGGCAUUUGGGCGAAGCCGAAAGAGCACAGCAUUUCUUGCGAGCGAGCAAGCGAGUUUCUUACGUCGUUUAUUGUUUUGUUUUUUUGCAAGAGCGAAUAAAUACAGCAUAUGCAUGCAUGGAGUUUGGGGUUCCGUCCUUUUAUGGACUUGGGGAAUUUGAGGGGCAAAUUUACAAUCUUUAUUCUGUUGAUUGAGGCAUUUUGGGGAAUGCCUUUA